CGGGAAGAUGCCGGAAGUGACUCCAUAGCGGCGGCGGCGGCGGCGGCGGCGGCGGCAUGGCGGAGGAAGUCCAGAAGCAUUCUGUGCACACACUUGUGUUCAGGUCUUUGAAGAGAACCCAUGACAUGUUUGUAGCUGAUAAUGCCAAGCCUAUCCCAUUGGAUGAAGAAAGUCACAAGGUGAAAAUGGCAGUCAAGCUGCGCACAGAGUAUGGCUCAGUGCUACACAUGCCUACGCUCAAAGAGAAUCUGAGAGAGAAAGGAGACCCCAACACUGGGGAUCCCUAUGGAAACAAACAGUAUUCUGGAAAUCAAGGACAAGAAGUUGAGUAUAUGGUAACUGGUACACAUCCAUAUCCAUCUGGGCCUGGUGUGGCUUUGACAGCAGAUACUAAGGUCCAGAGGAUGCCAAGCGAAUCUGCAGCACAGUCGUUAGCUGUAGCACUUCCUGCUUCCCAGUCUAGGCUGGAUGCAAACCGGACAGCUGCUGGUGUGGGUGACAUUUACAGGCAUGCUGGAAUAUCUGAGCGUUCGCAACCUCCUGGGAUGUCUGUGGCUAUGGUGGAAGCUGGUGGAAAUAAAAAUUCUGCAUUAAUGCUGAAGAAGGCUCCAACCAUGCCCAAACCUCAGUGGCAUCCACCUUGGAAACUGUACAGAGUUAUCAGUGGUCACCUGGGCUGGGUGAGAUGUAUUGCAGUAGAACCAGGAAAUCAGUGGUUUGUCACUGGCUCUGCUGACAGAACCAUAAAGAUUUGGGACCUUGCUAGUGGCAAAUUGAAAUUAUCUUUGACGGGACACAUCAGUACUGUACGAGGGGUGAUAGUAAGUGCAAGAAGUCCAUACCUCUUUUCUUGUGGAGAAGACAAACAAGUGAAAUGCUGGGAUCUUGAAUACAAUAAGGUUAUCAGACAUUACCAUGGGCAUCUAAGUGCUGUCUAUGGCUUAGACUUGCAUCCAACAAUAGAUGUGCUGGUGACAUGUAGCAGAGAUUCAACAGCACGAAUUUGGGAUGUAAGGACAAAAGCCAGCGUGCACACACUGUCAGGACACACAAAUGCGGUAGCAACUGUGAAGUGCCAAGCUGCAGAACCGCAAAUUAUUACAGGCAGUCAUGAUACUACCAUACGGCUUUGGGACUUGGUGGCAGGAAAAUCUCGUGUUACUUUAACAAAUCACAAGAAAUCUGUGAGAGCAGUAGUGCUACAUCCAAGACAUUACACGUUUGCAUCUGGUUCUCCAGAUAAUAUUAAGCAGUGGAAAUUCCCAGAUGGAAACUUCAUUCAGAACCUCUCUGGUCACAAUGCUAUUAUAAACACACUGGCUGUAAAUUCCGAUGGUGUUCUGGUGUCAGGAGCUGAUAAUGGUACUAUGCACCUUUGGGACUGGAGAACUGGAUACAAUUUCCAGAGAGUACAUGCAGCUGUACAGCCGGGUUCUUUGGACAGUGAAUCAGGAAUAUUUGCUUGUGUUUUUGACCAGUCAGAAAGCAGAUUGCUAACGGCUGAAGCUGAUAAAACCAUAAAAGUAUACAAAGAAGAUGAUACUGCGACUGAAGAAACCCAUCCUGUCAACUGGAAACCAGAAAUUAUCAAGAGAAAGCGAUUUUAGUGCAGCAACAUAUACUUCUGUAAUUUUGUUUUGGCUUUCCUGAGAGCAUUCAGUCACAUUUUGUUCUGCCAGAACAGCAGAACAAGAAGUCAACCAAGUCAUUGCUGUUUCAACAUGUUUUAUAAUAAAUUUUAUUUCUCUUUCAUUUUGUCUUUUUUUGUUGCGAUUCCAGUUAAAUCUUAACUUUGUGGAUCAUGCAUAGUUCAAAGAUGUGCAGGUGGUUAUUCUUUUAGAGUUACACUGAAUAAAUUCUUAUAAGUAUAUUUUGAUGAGCUAGGUUGUCUGAAACACCCUUGCUUGACCUCAAAAGUUAAUUGUAAGUUUAUGCAUAGAAAUAAUCUUCUGGAAGUUCCUUAGGGACACUUUCAGAUUUUGGACCAGUAUUGUUUAUUGUACAUAGGCUAAGUCUGUACAGAGUUACAGAGUAAUUUAGAAACAAGCAGGACAGCACAAUAAUAAGGUAGUUUGCUAUAUAAACACAGCAACUGAGCAUUGCUGGUGCUGUGUUAUUGAAUGAAAUGGAUCUUCAAACUGUACCUUUCCCCAGAAAAGCUUUCAAAUUGAAGCACUCAUCUUCAUUUAUGUUAUUUCAGAGUCUUCUGUAGCAAGGACUACUGUCAAAUAAUUUUGUUCUCAGGACCAGUUGACUUUCUUUGUAGAUGAACUAUUUGUUUUUUCCUCUUAGACAGUCAAGGGCAGUGAAAUUUUAAAACUCAGCUUGAGGAAAGCUCUUAAGUCAUUUAAGCCUUUUUUUACAGGUUGCUGUCUUCCCAUGAUCUUAGGAAGGAAUUAAAAAUAAACUGUCACUGAAAGAUAGUUUGUACUUUUGAAGGGACAGAUCUUUCAUAGGCUCUACAAAUAGUCACGUAACAAGCAGUAAAUAUGCAAACCUCCUUGCUACUGCUUAUCUGUGAUGUCUGUGCUGCUCUAAGUACUUUCUUUCCACAGGGCAGUGGAAAAAGUCCUUGUAAUCCAACCAUUCCGUUAUUGGCAACUUUGCUAGCAGUGUUAAUAGCUGCAUUGGCAAGUGUUACGCUGGGUAGAUGCUGAGAAUUAAUCUGUGGCCUCAUUGAUAUCAAGCAUUAAUGUCAAGCAGUUCACAAUAAUUAUUUCUAUUCUCUACCAGUUUGACUUCUUUUCAAAUCUAGGAUGUAUAAUAGAGGAAUGAGUUAUUUGCAAUGUAAUUUACAAAAAGCUGGUAAAAGUUAUGCGUUGUUUAUAUUAUGACUUUUUUUUUCUUUUUUAUGAUACAAAGGAUGUCUUGUAUUUAUAAUCUGAAUGUUUGACAAUGUCAUUUUAAGGGAGUCCAUGCCGCAUAAAUAACUGAAAUUUAGUUGACAGCUACUGUCAGAAGCAACUUUACAAAAUAAGGGGAAUAUUUGGUAUUUAUGAGUUGGGUUAAGCAUGUUUUAUUUGAGUAGUAAUUUGAAUUUUUCUAAUCUUGAUUGCAGUUCUUUGUAUGUUAACUAAUAUAACAGUUAAAAAUCCAGAUUUUGGCUUAUGCGUGUUGUUACUAAUGCUUCAUUCCAGAAAUCAGAUGAAUUAUCAGUGUAAUACAGAAUUUUGUUGCUCACAGUGAAAUUCUCUUUAGAAAACCAGAGUGAAAAGAAACAACUUACUUGAAAAGAGGUGGGAUUGUUGUGGAUUUGUUUUUUGUUUCAUUUUGUUUUGGAUUUUUUUAAAGAAGUGUCUAUUUUUUUUUUUUUUUAUCGUUUGGAAUGAGGAAGGAGAAAUUACAGCUCUAGCUGUGGGCCACAGUUCUAGCGCAUCUUUUCUGUAUUGGCACUUUGCUUUAAAAACUGCAUUUAUUUGACUCCUGAUCAUUUUGAAGAGAGAUCAGAA